AGCACUACACGUCUGUGUUGGUCCUGGCAGGAUGACAGUUCUCAAGGCUCUUUAACUCGGGUCAGUGAGCGGCCCAUUCUGACAGAAAAUUGGAUUAGAACAACGAGCGCUGUUUAAGAAACCAGUUUUAAGACGGGCUCCUCCUCCGUCACGCCACCCUUCCCACGAGACCGUCGGGUGUUUGACCUCUCGCUCAGGUUGCUCUGUUUUAUUCCUCUUGCCAACAGUAUCCCGACCGACCGCUGCGGACAUGUCAACAUCCAGCGAAUGCAGUCUACCUCAUGCCUCUUUAGUGCAAGGACAUAAAGGUCAGCUGGUGUUUGGAGAGGUGAAUGGAAAGCAAUGUGUUUGCAUGCAAGGCCGCUUCCACUUCUAUGAGGGCUAUAACAUUGCCACAGUCACAUAUCCAGUAAGAGUGUUUUUCCUACUUGGGAUUGAGACUCUGAUUGUUACCAAUGCUGCUGGAGGACUCAAUACUAAAUUUAAAGUGGGAGACAUCAUGUUGAUCAAAGACCACAUCAAUAUGCCUGGCUUUGCAGGCCAAAAUCCCCUGUGUGGGCGCAAUGAGGAAAGAUUUGGAGUGCGCUUUCCCUGCAUGUCUGAUGCUUAUGAUAGAGACUUUGCACGGAUGGCCAAGGAGACGGCCCAAGAACUAGGCUGUGACUCUUUCCUCCAGGAGGGUGUUUACUGCAUGCUGGCUGGACCAUCCUUUGAGACGAUUGCAGAAUGCAAGGUUCUACGGACGCUUGGGGCGGAUGCUGUGGGUAUGAGUACCGUUCCAGAGGUAGUGGUUGCUCGUCACUGUGGGAUGCGUGUGUUUGGACUCUCCCUUAUCACCAACAAAGUAGUGGCUGACUACAAAAGCACAGAAAAGGCUAAUCAUGAGGAGGUCCUGGAAACCACCCGUAUGCGAACCGAAGACCUGCAGAACUUAGUCAGCAAUUUAGUGGCAAAAAUGUAGUGUAAAAAAUUCACCAAAUUUAGUACAGAAAUCUUGAUAUACAUGAUUUGCACUUAGACAGCUAAUAAUGUAGAAUGGCAUGCAGUAUAUGCUCUUUAAUGCUUCUCAUAUAUCUUAUUCAGGGUUAACUUUAGUAAGUAACUUUAUGAACUUUCCAGUGCCUCAAGGCUCUCUGAGUAAAACUUUAGGCUAGGUUCUUUUUGUUUACAGUUGAUAUUAUCCAUACUGCUGUGUAUA